AUAAUUUUGGACUGAAUAUUUUUCAAGUGAACAGUAAAAAUGGUAAUAAAAUAUUUUGGUGUAGACAGAUUUUUUACAUUUCUUAGAACUAUUAGAGAUGCUGGAGGAAUAAGGGCUUCGCUAUAUAAACUUUAUAGGUUUGAUAAUUUAAGACCAGGAACAUUAGUUGGAACUGAUAAAUUUGGAAAUAAAUAUUUUGAAAAUCCAACUUACUUUUAUGGUAGAAAUAGAUGGGUUGAAUAUGCCCCUCAGUAUGGCAUGGAAUAUGAUGGUAGUCAAGUGCCUGCAGAAUGGUUUGGCUGGUUGCAUUACAAAACAGAUUACCUUCCAAUGAACGAUCCUACUAGGCCAAAAUAUAAGUGGAUGGCAGAACAUACUGAAAACCUAAGUGGAACACCAGGACAGUACAUGCCAUAUUCUACAACCAGGCCAAAAAUAGAAGCUUGGGUUCCUUCAAAAUGUAAAUAAUUAUAUUAUUAGGUGUUUAAAUUAAUCACUUAAGAGUAGAUAACUAG